AUGAGAGGCGACCACAAAGAGCCGACGAUUAUUCUAGAGGCUAUCGCAUCACAUGAUCUUUGGAUAUGGCAUGCAUUCUUUGGUCCAGCUGGUGCAAACAAUGACAUUAACGUGCUAGACCAGUCGCCUGUAUUCAACGAUAUCUACCUUGAAAAGUCACACGAUGUACCUUUUCAAGCAAAUGGGGUAGCAUAUAAGCGUGGAUACUAUCUUACUGGCGAUAUAUAUCCUCCUUUGUUUGUUUUUGUGAAAUCGUUUACAUGUCCUAACGACCCGGAAAGGAAAAAGUUUAAAGAGGCGCAAGAGUCAGCUAGGAAGGAUGUGGAGCGAGCAUUUGGUGUACUUAAGAGACGUUGGCAAGUACUAACGGUCGGGGCAAGGUCAUAUGAGGUGAAAAGGUUACAACACGUAAUGUAUGCAUGUAUCAUAUUGCAUAAUAUGAUUCUUAAAGACGAAGGAAGAACGAUAUGCCGAUAUAAUGAAAAUGAAGUUUUGCCAAAUGUCGAAGGAGUAGCCGUUGGUACACAAGAGUAUAGGGUGAACAUAAGAGAAGUACACAAGCGCGACCUUCAUCAGGCCCUUCGUGCUGAUUUGGUGGAGCACAUUUAUAGGGCUCAUGUUCAGCCCCCGCAAGAGUUAUCUUACAAUGAUGAUUUGUUUGACGAAUCAGACGGGGAUUCUGAUAUGUUCGUCGAGAGUGAAGAUUCCGACGACGAGAGUGACGUUGGGGAGACAGAUGAUGUAGGCGAGGACGAAGACGAUGAUUCCAAGUGA